AUGACAUCAGCUGCUUCGGUGGCUUUGGCUUUUACAGCGGUUACAAUUUUGGAACCUACAUCAGAGCCACCCUCCACGAUAUCAAGAGGAUUCGGGAUGCUGCGAGGACUCAAAUGUCUCUCAAAAUAUUCCCUCUCUUCUGGAAGCUCCGGUGCCGAGCAUGAAUCCCGUGCUUACAGCGACAGCAAAUGCCACGAGGUCCGGCAAAAGAUGCAAAUGCUUGCUAGCACCGGUACCCAAGUUUUGGUAGGAUUCUUAGGCAUAUUUUGGCUCAUUUCGUUGGCGAAAAACGUCGAAGGGGAUUUCUCAACGGGCGAAUCAGCCAGAAUGGUCUGUUUCUCUCGCAUUAUUCGUCUCUCUGUUCUGGCGGCCAGUUCACGCUCCUACAGCUGGCGAAGACCAUCAACGCUCUCAAACAUGGACUCCGACGACAUAAUUUACGACUCUGAUGAAACACUUACCGUCUCGUCUCCAACUGACAGUACCGGAAGUUUGGCCGAGUUCGUCGAUGAUGCAGACUUAGAAUCUAGUGAAGAGUAUAGUCAAACCCCACAAACGAGAGAGGAAGAGUACUUGGAGAUAUUGGAAUACAUUAUUGCAGCGUUGGGGGAUCUACGUCUCAUGUUGAAGGAUGACUCUAGGGCACGAAAGUCUACCUUCCAUGUCCAAAGCUCUGCAGAUGAAAGGGAGGGACCCUCAGAAAAAGCAUAG